GUGUCCGAGCCCGAGUAUAAUUUCUAAAUAUUUGGACAAACACAGCCCGGGCCAUCGGGUUCCGUCGGGUCCGGGUAGGGUAUCCAACCUCUACACCUAAGGGUGGCUUGUACAAGGAGAAGAGCAGUGGUCCAAGGACAGAGCCUUGGGAAACACCGUAACUUACUCUGGUGUGAUUGGAUGACCUAUGGACAUGAACAAAUUGAUGACGAUCAGAAAGGUAAGACCUAAACCAGGAUAGGGCACAGCCUUUGAAGCCAACAUGAUGUUCAAGUCUCGGUAACAGGAUAUGGUGAUCUAUAGUGUCAAAAGUGGCACGAAGGUCUAGAAUAACAAGUAUUGAGGUGAACCCAUGAUCAGAUGCGAUUAGUAGGUCAUUCAGGACCUUGACUGAGGCUGUUUCAGUGCUCUGAUGGGCUCUAAAGCAAGUAAGUUGCUUAGCUAUUAUUUGUUACAGACAAGGGUGUUAGAUAUGGGUCUAUAGUUAGCCAGGUUAUCAGGAUCAAGGUUAGGUUUUUUGAGAGAUGGUUUGAUCACUGCUUUUUUGAAUAAUUGUGGAACGUAUCCAGAAAUGAGUGAAUUGUUCAUUACUUUAAGUAAUGUCUCCCUUAAUAAGGGUAGUGCAUGUUUAAGUAGUUUUGUGGGGAUAGGGUCUAGUAGGCACAUUUAUUCAAGGGUUCUAUUUACCAUAGGUUUGCCGGCGUGAUGGAGAUCUCUCUGCGCAACCUGACCACCCGUACAGUCCUGAAGGAGGGCAUCGCCGUCUACCUGACCCAUGACCUCAGGUUUCUGCGCCUCAUCGAGAUGUUCUCCGAGAGCACUCCUCAGCUGACCCUCAUGAUCACCGUCAUCUUGCAGAGGGAGGACGUGGAGUGGGUCACAGGUCUAAAGACUCUGGGCUCGUUUGCUACCAUCUCCAUCAGCGUGGUUAUGUACCACCGCUCCAUGCGCUCCUUCCAGAAGGACAAGGCCGAGAUGACGUGGACCUCGUCUCUGGUCUACUUCCUGUGGAACUUACUCUUAAUUGCCCCACGUGUGGCAGCAAUAGCCCUGUCUGCCUCUAUCCUGCCCCUCGGUAUGAUUGCAGUCCACUUCAUCUGCCUGUGGCUCGCACUAAUCUUCUGGGCCUGGCGUCAGGAAACGGAUUUCAUGGACUCCCCGUGCGGGGAAUGGCUCUAUCGGGCCACCAUAGCUCUCAUUUGGUACUUCAGCUGGUUCAAUGUAUCCCAGGGUGGCUCCAGAGGAAGGAGCAUCAUCUAUCAUUCCAUGAUAGCAGUGGACAUUAUGCUCCUGCUGGGGCUGUGGUGGUGGUGGAAUAGCGACCAGGAUCCGUCUAUAUUCGGCGUGCCAGCACUGGCAGUGUUUAUUUCAGUGGGUGGAUCCUACAUCCUAGGAAUCCUGGGGAAGAUAGUGUACUACAAAAUAUUUCAUCCUAAAAAAAAAGCCACUGAAGAGUCUGGAGAUGAUGAAAGACAGCCUGCGUGCUUAGAGGAAGAGCCGUUAGGUAUGGACGAGGUGGACAUUCCUUUCUCAGUUGAGGUGCAGUCACCCUUACCCCAACCCCCACCGAGGCCUUUGACCGGGGCCCAGAAGAGGAUGCAGAGACUUGCAGCUUGCAGAUAAGCAGCUAGAAGACUUACUUGACACAUUCCAUUACAGUGCUGCAAUGAACAGUUUCUUAUUUUUAAUUUAUAUUAUUUGAUAUAGCUUUUGACAAAUUCUAAGUAGUUAUUUUUAUUCUUUUUACUUAUUCUAUUCUAUCAAUACUGUCUGUCUCUCUUUUGUUCCAUCACAUUUUCAUUUUAUCACUUUGUUACCAGAUUCUGCUGGAUCAUUUCCUCUGUAAAAGCAGGUUACACAUGAUAUUCUCUGCUUGUAACAGUUUGCUUUCCAUGUGUCUGAGUGUUUUCAUUUACCUCUUCAUGUAUAUGUAUGUUUUUUUUGUUCUGAAAAUGUGUAGGCCUACCGAUCAUAAAUUAUUUGUUUACAAAUGUUAUAAUUUCUUUUGAAAAAUAAAGCUGAAUGAAUGUGUAAUGUA